GGCACAGAUCCUCUGCAGUCCCCAGGGCCGCCAUUUGUGCGCCGCAUGUGGGCUGGUGGGUCUCUGGUUUUCAAUACUACGAGUGGAGAGCAACUCCGUCUUGAUAACAUGCGAGCAGCUUGUAUAGAACGAAUCGUGGACGUUUCGGUCAGAGGGCGUGAAGGUGACGAGAAAGUGUUUGUAAACAUUGAGAGACGGGUUGGCCUCGCUGAUACCGGAGAUGAACAUCAGAUAGAUCCAGAUGCAGAGAGCAGCGCAAUUGCUUCUGGAAAGGGCUCUGUAAGUGAUCGAAAUUAUAUGGCCGAUCAACGAUUAUUACAACGUCACCGCGUCGAUAACAACGACAACAUCGGACAAGCGUCCUUGGUGGAGACGCGGAAUAUCGUCUUCAUGCGAGAGAAAGACACAGCUACUGCCAAAGAGGAUUGUGCUAGGCUUCCAAAGAUCUUGAGGCCCACGCGUAAACCAGACUUUGAUGUGCGAAUAACACCUACACAAUCCCUUUUAUUUAGAUUUUCGGCCCUUACAUUUAAUGCUCACGCAAUACACCUGGAUCCUCAAUACUGCCGGGAGUUUGAAGGAUAUAGGAAUCUACUCCUUCAUGGACCCCUUUCAUUGGUACUCAUGUUCUCGGUCUUGCGAUCACAACUUCAACCUGGUGAAAUAAUAAAAAGGUUCAAUUACAGAAACUUGGCUCCACUUUAUGCAAAUGAAGAACUAAGAGUCUGUGUGGGGAAGGAUGCCGACAAAAGCAACAAAUACGAAGUGUGGAUUGAAGGAAAGGAAGGCGGAUAUGCUGUCAAGGGGUCUGCGGUUGUUGGACCCCUUGACACUGUUGAUAGCUAGUAAUUGGGUAAUAAUGGACAACAAGGCUGAACAGUGAACACAUCCCGGAGGAUUUAAUCUCUCUCGAAUAUUCUCCGAUGUUUGAGGAGGUAAAACA